AUCAGACAUCCUCUCGUCGAAUCAUGUGGACUCUGGCAAUCCUACUGCUCCUUGCAGGAGCAGUUGCAGCCAAUCACAAUGGAUGGAACUCUGAUAAAGAAUACACUUUCAAAGUCAGAAGUAGAACCAUGGCUGAGCAUGGCCAACGCUCAACAGAUGACCAGUACGCCGGAGUUUUGAUGAAAGGGACACUCAGAGUCCAACCUAAGAACAGUGACACUUUGUUGGCACAGUUGACAAGGGCGCAAUAUGCUCAAGUUCACACCAAGCUUCCUGGUGGAUGGGAUUCUGAUAUUCCAGAUAACCAGAUGCGGCUCCAAGAAUUUCCCAUGACAGGGAAACCCUUUGAGAUUAAACUGAAGCAUGGUGUUGUCAGAGAUCUUGUCGUGGAUAAGGAUGUACCUACAUGGGAAGUGAAUGUUUUGAAAAGUAUUGCCAGUCAACUCCAAGUCGACACACAGGGAGAAAACAGAAAAAAGUCUAAGCACAACCAUGGACCUGAGGGAGAACAACCUUAUGCUACGUUCAAAACAAUGGAAGAUUCUGUGGGUGGUAUGUGCGAGGUUUUAUAUGACAUCGCGCCCUUACCAGAAAAAAUUUAUUUGGGAAAUCACGACUUGGUACCUAAACCUGAUUUGAAAGGGGAUCAGGAUAUUAUUGAGAUUGUCAAGACAAAGAACUACACAAAAUGUGAUCAGAGAAUGAGUUUUCACUACGGCAUAGUUGGCAGUGUCCACUCUGAAUCUGGUAGAAAUGACAAUGGACACUUUCUUUCUAAAUCAUCUGUCAGUCGCAUUAUCAUAUCCGGUGACCUGAAGAGUUUUACAAUCCAAUCCUCUGAGACAACUAAUAAAAUGGUUUUGAAUCCAGAAAAUACUUCAGACGGUAAACGUAGAAUGGUUGCCAGUCGAAUGCGUUUAUCUCUCAGUCAAGUGGAAUCAGCAUCCGAUAGGCUCUCAAUGCCACCCAAUCCCCAGUCUACAGGAAACCUAGUAUACAGUUAUAACAGCCCAUUCUCUGGACCAGAACAGAGAAGAGCUGGUCGCCCAAGUAAAAGCCCUAGUUCAAGAUACGAUAGUUCCAGUAAUAGUGAAGAAACUAGAAACAAUAAAAACAAAAACAACGGUGAUUGGAACAGAAAAUCUAACAAAAAAGAAGACAGUUCCAGCUCAAGUAGCUCAGAUUCCAGUUCAAGCUCAGAUUCAGAUGCUAGCCAAGAUGAAAAGGAAUUCUGGCAGCGAAAACCCAGCCUUAAUGAAGCACCUGAAAAUCCCAUGCUGCCCUACUUCAUUGGAAACAAAGGAAACUCCGUUCAGAUGUCUGGUAGAAUUGACUCAGUUAAGCAAACUAAGGAAUUUGCAAAUGAAAUUGGGCGUGAACUUAUGAAUCCUAGUGAUAUACCUAAAGAAGAAACGUUAGAGAAGUUUAUAAUGCUAACGAGAUUGAUUCGCACUAUGAAUACCAGACAAAUUGAGGAAGCUCAGAAAGAUUUAUACGAGUCUUCGAAUCAUAUUAAUUCAGAUGAUCAGAGCAGUUCUCGCAGAAACAGCUGGGCUGCUUUCAGAGAUGCAGUUGCGCAAGCUGGAACUGGUCCGGCUUUGGUUGCCAUCAAGAACAUGAUCGAAAGUAAGAAAAUUGAAGGUGCUGAGGCUUCUCAAGUAGUUGCUUCAGCAGCCGAAUCUGCAAUGACACCUACGCCUGAAUACGUCGAGUUGUUCUUCAAACUCGCCACAAUGUCAGAGACAAAAAAUCAAGAAUUCCUGAGAGAGUCAGCCCUCCUCGGCUUUGCUGACUUAGCUCGAAACGCCAUCGUCGACAAAAAAAGUGCCCACAAUCUUUAUCCAGUUCAUAGUUUCGGAAGAAUGUUUUCAAGAAAAAAUUCUGAUCUUUUUAAGACAUAUAUCCCACACUUUAGUCAUGAACUGAAAUCAGCCAUUAAGGAAGGUAAAAGCCCCAAAAUCCAAACACUUAUUGUCGCUCUUGGAAAAAUCGCUCAUCCGAAAAUUCUUGCUGCCUUUGAACCAUAUCUUGAAAAACAAGAACCAGCAUCUAAACAUCAGCGUCUCCUGAUGGUUUUGUCAAUGCAUGACUUGACCGAUACUUAUCCUAAAGUUGCAAGAUCUGUAGCAUACAAAAUUUACGCCAACUCUGGUGAAAGCCACGAGAUUCGCUGUGCAGCUGUAAGAGUGCUGAUGAAGACAAACCCCCCAGCUUCAAUGCUCCAGCGAUUGGCUGAAGCAACAAACUACGAUGACAGCAAGCAUGUCAGUUCGGCAGUAAAAUCCGCAAUUGAAAGUGCUUCUGAACUUAAAGGCUCUCAGGAUAGGGAAUUGCGUAACAACGCUCGUGCUGCUAGGGGUCUUCUGAGUAAAGAAAGAUUCGGACCUCAGUAUUCCAGGAAUAUUGUUAAGGAUCUUCUAGACAGUGAACUGAAAGUAAAAAUGCAAGCUAGUUACAUUGGUGGAAAAGAUAGUAUCAUACCAAAAGAAUGGUUUUUGUCAUUUAAACACAGUUAUCGUAGUUUGAAGUUGCCAACAAGUAAAGCUGGUGCGAUGGUGUCAAGUGUUGAGGAUUUGUGGAAAAAUUUGAUGGACCAACUCACAAAUGACGAAUCCGAGUCGAAUUCCAGAAAAGAUAGAAAUUCAAAUAAUGAAAACAGCCAUUUUUCAGCUGAGAAAAUAGCUAGGUUGUUGAAAAUCGAAGCUGAUGGAGCUCAACAGCUUGAAGGAUAUGCAGCAUUGGAUACUGCAUUUGCUUCUCAAUUUGUUGCUUUUGAUAAUCAUACUCUGGAACGCAUGCCUAAAUGGUUUAAGCAAGCAUCCAAGUCCCUCCGAGAAGGUCAGCAUUUUAAUUUGAACAAAUUCAACACUGAUGAGAGGAUAUUGAGUUUCCCAACCGAAACAGGAUUCCCAUUCACUUACUCCUGGAGAAUGCCAACUCUUGUGAAGCUCGAAGGCAAGGCAAAACUCAACACUGAACAUGAAUCGUCCGAUACCACUUGGCCCAAAAAAGUGGAUGCAUCAUCUGAAAUGCGAAUCGUCUACUCUAUGAAAAUUCAGGAACGAAUUGGGUUCUUGACACCAUUUGAACACAAGCACUACAUGGCUGGAGAAGACAAGAACUUUCAGGUGUACUUGCCUAUUCGUCUUGAGGCUGAAGUCGACACAAAAAAGAAGGAGCUUAAGCUAAAGGCCCAAUCUACGGAAAGAAAAGAAUCCUUCAAAGCCUUGCAAGCUAGCAACGUGCCCUACACAUCCAGUCACGACGUUCUCAGCAUGAAACCAGUUUUUAAAGAUUCCUCAAACACCCAAGUUAUGCGAAAUCAGAAAACCAAGAAGCAGACUAUCACGCCUCGUUGGUUAUCCGCCAUGGAAAUUGAACUUGAACAAGCAGAGGAUCAAGGAGAAUGGACAACUAAGCAUCAAAAUGAAUCUCCUUCUAUCAUGUCCCGUAUUUCCGAAGCCAGCUCCAGCUCCGGCUUCAGAAUUCUGAAUGUGAAGGUUGAUUCGGACAAUUCUGAACAAGCCAUUAAAUUUCAAUUGUCGUAUGACUCUAAACACAAGUCCCAGUCUGAUAACAACCAAGACGAUAAAUCUAGAGAUUCUAAUGAUAGAUCAAACUCUAGAAACAAAUCACAUUCUAAUAGAGAUGACAACGAUAGAUCUAAAGAAAAGAAUGAUAGAGAAAACUCUAAACGCAAGUCUGAUUCUAAUAGAGAUGAAGACGAUAGAUCUGAUGAAUUCAAUGAUAGAUCAAACAGAGCAAAGGCUCCACGUCCUUCUGAUAAGGAACGAAACAGUGAAAAUCGCAAAAAUCAAUUUUUACAUGAUGCAAGCAAAGGAAUCGGAUCAGCAAGGUCAAGUGUUGUUGAUAUGAGCGUAGAAAUUACUGGAAAAGAACCAACUCACUUUGCAUUAACUGCAGCCAUGGCCACAAGCAACGUAGAUGAAUCAUCUAGAGGUCUAUUCUACGCCAAUGGGAAAGGCGAGAAAGUUGAUUACGAAGUUUGCGCAGCUUUGGAAGCCAAUAGUCCUAAUUCUCCAGAAAUUGACUAUAAGGAAAUUCUCAAGUCGGAUCUGACUGAGGAGUUUGAUGCUGAUAUCCGUUUUGGUCGAGAUUGUUCAUCUGGAGCAAAAAUUAGGGUUGAAGGUAGGAGGAAGCAGUCAAAGGAGUACCAAAAGGAAGUUAGUGAAUCCGAUGCCGCUGAAGAGAUUGAAAGUAUGUUGAAGGGAGAGGAGCAGACGACAUCAAGGGCUUAUCAAGACUUGGUGAGACGAGCUUCUGAAUUAGAUGAAUCUGAAGUAACUCUUGACUUUAAUGAUAAGGCUAAAGGUGCCAAGGAAGCUUCCAUGAAGGUAUUAGAGAUGGUAGCUGAUAACAUGAAUAACGUUGCUGAAAUUAACACAGUCAAUCCCCGAAAUGCUCACAAGAACAGGAUUGAUCUUAAGUUGAAAACGACUUGGAAGAAUGGUGCCUUUGUAACUAUAAAUGCUCCAAAUAUGGAUGUUAGGAUGCAAAAUGUGUUCCCUGAAAACAUUCUUGAUGAUAGCGACGAUAAUUUAGAGACUUCGAAAUCUUCUGAAGAGGAUGAUGUGGAGUCUCUUGCCGAAACUGAAGAUUCCUGUUUUAUCGAUAGGAAAGUUGUUGAAACUUUUGACAAUGAAGCUAUCCCCUAUGAGCUCGGAAAAUGCUGGCAUGUGUUCAUGACUACUUUCCCUAAGGAAGACGCUGACAGACCUAACAAAGAUCGCCCAAUUCCCAGCGACAUGGAUGCUACUAUCUUAGCCCGCGAGACUCAAAAUGACCAGAAGGAACUCAACAUUGUCUUUGGUACUAAAGAAAUUCGUCUCAAGAAACCGAAUUCCCAGGUGGAAGUUACUGUCGACGGAGAAAAAGUUUCAGUCUCUAAGAGGAGGAGUUUUGAGAAAAAAUCAAAUGAAAGGGACUUUGAUGGAAAUCGCAAGAGCCUGUUUGAAAUCUUUGAACUUAAUGAUGGCUCUGUUAAAGUUACUUCCGAGUCCCAUGGUGUCGAUGUUGUCUUUAGCGGUCGUCGGAUGAAGAUCACGGCUGCUGACAAAUACCGCAACUCAGUUCGGGGAAUAUGUGGAAACUACGAUGGUGAAUCUUUCAAUGAUAAACAGACACCUCAGAAUUGCGUGGUGAGACAUCCAAAGGAAUUUGCAGCUUCUUGGGCAGUGACUGAUGAGAAAUGUGAAGGACCAGUCUUGAAAUAUGCAGAAAGUGCAAAGAAAGCGCCUUGUGCACGCGAUGAUAGCCGACCGAGCAAUGUUAUUAGUGAUGAAGAGGCAGGAAGGGAAAGAGGUUCAUCUCCAUCUAACUGGGGUCAUCAUAAUCGAGACUCCAACAAAUCAUCACAUUGUACUACUUAUCGUACCAAGGUUAUUAAGGCCGAUUCUCAGACUUGCUUCUCGUUGAGACCACUGCCAACCUGUUCUCGGGACUGCAGAUCCAACAACAUCAAGGAAAAGAACGUCGAGAUGCAUUGUGUAAAGGAUAGUAGUGCCGCUGAAAAACUCGCUGACCGUGUCUACAAGGGCGCUAAUCCUGAUCUCAGCCAAAAAUCUGUUAGUAGAACAAUAAAGAUGGAUGUGCCUAUUAGUUGCGGUGCUAGAUAAUUCUUCACGAAUAAGAAUUUUUUCAAUUUAUUAGUAUUUCUGUAGAAAAUAGGAUGUAAUAAGUUAUCAAUGAUAAAUAAAGCGACUGAUUUGAGAGAAAUUAAAUUUUUCGUGUUAGAAGAUUUAUUUCAAGACUUAAUAAUAUAAUUUUUAAGUUGACAGUAAGACAAAA